AUGGAAAGCUCAUAUUCAGAGGAUGAAGAAGAUAGGUCUUCGGUCCAGCGCAGAAGUCAGAUGGAUCGACUGGCUCGGGAAGAAGCUUUCUAUCGAUUUGUGAGUAACCUGAGUGAAGAAGAUUACAAGCUUAUGAGGGAUAACAAUUUGCUAGCCACUGUAGGCGAAAGUACAGAAGAAGAAUUGAUGAGAAGACUACAACAAAUUAAAGAACAUCCACCACAGGAAUUGGGUGAAGGAAACUCUUCAGAGAGUAUGUCUAGUGAUGAUUCUAUACUACAGUGGCUUACCACUUUUAGACAAACUGAAAAUAUGACAGAAUGGGAGCAAGGAGAUAAUCACUCUUGGACAUCAGCAAGUUCAAGUAAUUCAAGCAGUAGUGAUUUUGGAUGCAGUGGAGAAAUGAACUUUAACCCUCUUAAUGGAAACCCAAAUCGACAGAAUGGACAUUUAACCUUUGCAAGACUUCUUGAAGGACAAUACAUAGAAAACAGGCAGAGACAAGUGGAAUAUCCACCAUCAGAGUCAACAGAUACAAGUUCAUCUAUAUCCGAAGAAAACGCAACUGAAGCAUUCAUGGAGGUUCCACCUACCAGAGGUCAGAGAAGAUCAAGAAGCAGAAGCCCAGAAACUCGAAGAACCAGACCAAGAAUUGAACGUAGUUCACCCCCAAAUAGGCAGCAUGAAAUGUUAAUGAGAUUUCAUUACUGUACAUCACCUGAGACUUUUGAGUAUAUUCAGAUAAAUGAGCCAGGGAUAUUUACUAGAGUUCAGCAAAUUAGGGCAUUGAGAGGGCAAAUAACCAGACCUGAAUUACAAAGUUGGGAUCUUCAUUCAGCUUCUGCAACAAGGAAUGCCUUUCAAGAAGAAUAUUCUUCAGACACAGCCAGUGACAAUGAAUCUGAGGAAUUCAAACAAACAAAUCCAACCACACUUGAAAACGGAGAGAGAGAAGUGGAAAAUCCACCAUCAGAGUCAAUAGUUAGGAGGUCCUCUAUAUCAGAUGGAAGUGUGACUGAAGCAAUCAUGGAGGUCCCACCUACCAGAGGUCAGAGAAGAUCAAGAAGCAGAAGCCCAGAAACUCGAAGAACCAGACCAAGAAUUGAAAGUAGUUCACCCCCAAAUAGACAACAUGAAAUGUUGAUGAGAUUUCAUUACCGUACAUCAUCUGGGACUUUUCAGUGUAUUCAGGUAAAUGAGCCAGAGGUAUUUGCUAGAAUUCAGCAGAAUGAGGCAUUGAGAGAGCAAAUAACCAGACCUGAAUUGCAAAGUCAGGAUCUUCUUUCAGCUUCUGCAACAAGGAAUGCCUAUCAAGAAGAAUAUUCUCCAGACACAGCCAAUGACAAUGAAUCUGAGGAAUUCAAACAAAGAAAUCCAACCACACUCGAAAACAGAGAGAGAGAAGUAGAAAAUCCACCAUCGGAGUCGGUAGUUACAAGGUCCCCUAUAUCAGAUGGAAGUGCGACUGAAGUAUUUUUGGAGGUCCCACCUAGCAGAGGUCAGAGAAGAUCAAGAAGCAGAAGCCCAGAAACUCGAAGAACCAGACCAAGAAUUGAAAGUAGUUCACCCCCAAAUAGACAGCAUGAAAUGUUGAUGAGAUUUCAUUACUAUACAUCACCUGAGACUUUUGAGUAUAUUCUGAUAAAUGAACCAGGGAUAUUUGCUAGAAUUCAGCCGAGUGGAGCAGUGAGAGAGCAAAUAACCAGACCUGAAUUGCAAAGUCAGGAUCUUCUUUCAGCUUCUGCAACAAGGAAUGCCCUUCAAGAAGAAUAUUCUUCAGACACAGAAAGUAUGAGAUCUUCUGUUAAUACCAUCAUAAUACCUGCACCUAUUGCAAAUGAGACAACAUUAUGGCAUAUGACAGAAUUUGAUGAAUCAAGUGAACUUAUGGACAGUGAGAGUCAAUUAGAGUCUAGCAGCUCACCCCUAAAUCAACACAUGGAAAAGGAAGAGUCACAGAACGGAAGAGAUGAUUCUUCUAGCAGUAUUAUUUCUAGUUCUAAUUCAAAUCCUAGCUGUGAUUCUCGUUCAAAUUCCCCGGCAAUUUCCGGUUCAAGCAGCAGCUACGUGUCUAGUUCCAGUCCCCUUCCUACAUCCAAUUCCAGCUCCAGUAAUGAAAAUUCAGAAAUUAUCUCAGUGAUGUUUGAUGGCUUUAAUGAAAUAAAUACAUCAUCAAGCUCACCGUCACAGCCCAGGCAAGAAAGUCAAUAUACGACACCAGCAACAUCUGAUGAGAGUGACUCUUGGCCCUUCCUAGCUCACUUUUUUAUCUUAAAUGAAGCUCAUAACCAGCCUACAGGACUUACCAAACAACAGAUUGACAACUUUGCAGUAAGAAACUUUGGAAAGGAUGGUGCAUUAAAAGCCUGUAGUAUUUGCCUUACAGAAUUUAAAGAAAGCAACAAGAUCCGCAUACUACCUUGCUCCCAUGAAUAUCAUAUCCACUGCAUCGAUCGCUGGCUGUCUGAGAACUCUACCUGUCCUGUUUGUCGCAGAGAACUAACGGAUUCUGAUGGCAGAAAAAAUUCUAGUUGA